CGUGGUGGUGGGGGGAGGGCAAUGAUCAUGUUACAGGAACAGAAUUAGGCCAUUCAGCCCAUCGAGUCUGCUCUACCAUUCAAUCGUGGCUAGUCUAUCUCUCCCUCCCAACCCCAUUCUCCUGCCUGCUCCACGUAACCCUUGACACACGACAAAUCAAGACUCUGUCAAUCUCAAUGUGAAAUAUAUCCAAUGACUUGGACUCCACAGCCUUCUGUGGCAAUGAAUUCCAUAAUCAGAAGAGAGAAAAAUGAGUAUAUAAGGAUGCUUUCCGGUCAGCCCGGACCUGGUUGUCUGAGGGACCUGCUGUACGACUCAUUGACUUUGCAUCACAUCUUGUUUUGAAUAGUGUUGAAUGACUAAAUAAGCAAAAAUAUCCCCUUCCUCAAUAAUCGUGGAGCUAAGCUGUGAGUGCCAGGGACAAGGAUAAUGCCCAUGUUCAUCCAAAAGGUCUGAAUCGAUGAUCCAUCUUAACUUUGUCUUGAGAUCCCCACCAUGACAGAAGCUAAUCUUCAUGCAAUCCUAUCUAGAUUGAGUGAGUCCUCAGAUACUCUGGUAAAACUGAAAUCAAUGGGGAAAAUACUCCACUGAUUGGAAUUGUACCUUGUGCAAAGGAAUAUGAAUUGUAGUUGUUGUAGCUUAUUCAUCAGGGCCCCAGGACAUGUAAUAGUUCCUCAGGGCAGUGUGCUGGUCCCAUGUCAUGUCCAAUUCCAUGCCUGGCUACUCAGCAAGUGAAGCAGCCCAUGUUCAAAUGCAACAAGACUUAGCCAACAUGUAGGCAUCAUGGGCUAAUAGAUAUUAAGUAACAUUGUUGAGUGUUCGACCAAAAAAUACCUGAGUGUCGUCACUGAUGAGAAAACCAACUGGACUAACCACAUAAAUUCUGUGGGGACAAAAAAAAGACACCAGAUGCUGGAAUUUUGAGUAAAAAUAAACCACUGGAGAAUCUCAAUAGGCCAUGCAACAUCUGUGGAGGUGAAUGGAUGUUUAGGGUCGGGAUGGCGAUGUUUCAAAUCUUUUCCACUGAACCUCCAACCUUAAUCUCCACCCAUCUGUAUCUCCACCCACCUCUCCCCAAGCUGACCGGUCUUCAUCUGAAUCUACUAUCCCUUGCUAACUCUUGCCCCACCCUUAACCAUCACUUCACUCUACUGGCCAUUUCCCUCUACUCUAUCAGUCUGAAGAAGGAUCCCAACCAGAAAUGUCUUCUGUGUAGAGAGGAACUGCCGUUGCUGGUUUAUACCAAAUAUAGACGCAAAAUGCUGGAGAAAGCCUGAAGAAGGGUUCCGACCCAAAACGUUACCCAUCCGUUUUUCUCCAGAGAUGCUGCCUGAUCCGCUGAGUUGCUCCAGCACUUUUUACCUAUCUUCAGAAACGUCUUCUGUUCAUUUUCCUCCACGGAUGCUGCCUGUCCAGCCGAGUUCCUCCAGCAGUUGUGUUUUUGUACAUAAAUACUGCAGCUACGAGAGAAGGUCAGAGACUCCUGCAGCGAAUGAAUCAGCACUUGACAGUACAGGGCCUCUACUCGCUGGAGUUUAGAAGGUUGAGGGGGGGGGGACCUCAUUGAAACUUACAGAAUAAUGAAAGGCAUAGAUAGAGUGGAUGUGGAAAGGAUGUUUCCACUGGUGGGAGAGUCUAGGACCAGAGGUCAUAGCCUCAGAAUUAAAGGCCGCUCUUUUAGAAAUGUAAAUGAAGAUUCGGCCAUCCAUUUGGGCAGUCACGGUGGCGCAGUGGUAGAGUUGCUGCCUUACAGCAAAUGCAGCGCCGGAGACCUGGGUUCGAUCCCGACAACGGGUGCUGUCUAUGCGUAAUUUAUACAUUCUCCCCGUGACCUGUGUGGGUUUUCUCCGAGAUCUUUGGUUUUCUCCCAUACUCCAAAGACGUACAGGUUUGUAGGUUAAUUGGCUUGGUAAAUGUUAAAAAUAUUGUCCCUACCGGGCAUAGGAUAGUGUUAAUGUGCGGGAAUCGCUGGUCAGCGUGGACCCGGUGGGCCGAAGGGCCUGUUUCCACGCUGUAUCUCUAAACUAAACAAAACUAAAAAAGAUGGUCUGUAAGAAUAUUCUGACUGAAGAAAAGGGCAAGGAACAUUGGACACGUUGAUGGCUGCCUGUUUUAGGGUUCUGGUAUCUUUAACCAUUUGUUGUAAUUUGUAAUGACAAUUAUACCAUAAAUUGCUAAAUGUACGGGAACUUCAUCUGCUAACAGUGUGUAUCUGAAUGUCACAGGUCCAUUGAAAAGGAACGGGCACAACUAACCCACCAAGGAUAACUUCUGUGUAAACGAUUCUUUUUAAAGUGAACAUUUAGUACCUGUCUGCGGAACUGAUAUCCCAACAUUAUGGAGGGAGGAGAUACUCUUCAAGAACUCAAAGAAACUCACAUCAAGGUCUUGAAAGAAAUGUGUGUGUGCAUAAGAAGAGAGGUGGCAUUGAACAAGUUUACAGAUCUAUGGAUUGUUGAAAGUAAUGCACGAUCUUGGCAGCAGGAAGCCUCGGAUCACCUGGUCAACACGCCAAUCCAUCCUCUCAGCUGCUCAGAGAUUUUACAACCAGCAAACGGAGGGGAUAGACUUCCGAGAACCGCCAUUACAAAAGGAAUAGCAGGAAUUGGCAAAACUGCGUGUGUCGAAAAAAUAAUUUACGAUUGGGCUGCAGGUUCAAUUCUCUCAGAAUUUGAUUUCAUAUUCAUGUUCCCAUUCUAUAAGCUCAAUAUGCUGCCACAAAAGGCACUAAGCCUGGAGCAACUGAUCCAGUUUUGCUAUCCACAUAUCCAGUCUUGCAAACAGAUAUUUUCAAGCACGUCAAUCAAAUGCUUAUAUAUUUUCGAUGGACUGGAUGAAAGUAGACAAACCCUGGAUUUUGAAAACCAGUUGGCUUGCUAUGAUGAAUGUGAAUCGAGGUCACUCGAAUCCUUGCUCUCAAACUUAAUCAGAGGCAACAUCCAUCCUUCCUCUUCAGUUUGGAUAACUACCCGGCCAGCAGCCAUGGGUCAGACGCCUCCAAGUUUUAUUGACAGACUGACUGAAAUUCAAGGGUUCCGUGGACGCGAGAAGGUCGAGUAUUUUCGCAAUAAAUACGAAAAUGGGCACUUGGCAGCGAAAAUGAUUUCCGUCGUGAAGACCGAAAGCAGUUUAUCCCUUCUAUGUUUCCUGCCCGCUUUCUGUUCUGUUCUCUCAACCUAUUUGGAGGAUGCACUUAAGUCAUUUUCAUCUCAUGAGCCCAGUGAUUACAUGCCCAUAGCAACCACGCCUGUCUUCAACAAAUUCCUGGCACACACCCUUUUCCUUCUGCAACAUCGACAGGCAUAUUUAAGAGGUGCAAAGCAAACCUUUGCUGAAAUGAUGAAGUCAAAGCAAAGCGACAUCAUGAGUUUGGGGAAAUUGUCAUUUGAUUUGCUGAGAGGCCAAACAUAUAAAUUCAGUGAGAAGGUUUUAAGAACAUACAAUGUUGAUGUCUCCAUGGUUGAGAGUGGAUUUUGCAGAGAACUUGGAAAGGAAAAUGGAAAUAACAUAGAGAAAAUCUUUGCUUUUGUUCAAGGAGCACUACAGGAAUAUUUUGCUGCAUUGCAUGUAUUUCUUUCUUUUAACAACAUGAACUAUAAUCCUUUAAUGACAUCAACCAAAUCAAAGGUGCUACAUCGACAUGAAAAGCCCAGCUAUUUCCAUGUCCUAAAACAGGCCUGCGAAGAAACCAUCCAAAGUUCCAAUGGUCACUUAGACUUAUUUCUCAGAUUCCUUUGUGGAUUAGGGACAAAAACAAACCAGCAAAGUCUAAAGGGGCUGAUGACAGGUUGUGAAAUUCAGCAUGAUGAUGCAACAAGGAUCAUUCAAUUUUUGAAGCAAAAAUUACAGAAAGAUAUUCCUCCAGAAAAAUGCCUCACUCUUUUGCUUUGUUUAAUUGAAUUAGAUGAUAAUUCAUUUGUGGUGCAGAUUAGCAAGAUGCUGUCCACUGGGGCUGCCACAUAUCAGACUCUGUCACCCCUGGAUUAUUCAGCACUGGCCCUUGUUUUGCAAAGGUCAGGCCAAAAAAGUGAGAUAUUCAAUUUAUCUGAACACAAAAUAACUUCCAUCGGACUUCGGAGAUUGGCUCCAGUUCUGCCUUCUUUUACAAGUUUAAAGCUGAAUGGAUCAAAUUUAGGAGAUUCUGGAGUCAAAGUAUUAUCUGAAGUAAUCAAGAGUCCAGUUGGUAAACUGCUAAAUUUGGAGUUGGAAAGAAAUGAUCUCACGCAUAGAUGUUGUGAGAUCCUGGCCAUCAUUGUGAGCAGUAAUAGGAUGCUGAGAAACCUGAGCCUUCGCGAUAACCAUCUGGGAGAUAAAGGGAUGUGCUUAUUGUCUGCAACACUGAAGAAUACAGAAUGCAGAAUACAGAGACUGAAUUUGACCAAUAAUGAUCUCUCAACUGGAAGUUGGGAAGAGCUGGUUUCUGUACUCACGACAAACCAAAUGUUGCAAGAGUUGGAUGUCGGCAGCAACAGAAUGGGUAAAGCAGGGCUGCGAAUACUGUCUACGGCACUGAAAGAUUCACGAUGCAGGUUACAAAAACUGGGGCUGAAUAAUUCUUCGACAUUUGAUUUUGGAAUGAUGGGCUCUUACUUGGAGGAAACUGGAGUGGAAGUGCUUUGUGAUGUGCUGAGAAGCCCCAACUGCACCUUGACAUGUUUGGAGUUGGCCAGCAAUAACUUGACACAGAAAAACUACAAAGAGCUGACUUCUGCCAUGAGAGUCAAUCGCACACUGACCCAUCUGGAUCUCAGUUCAAAUGUUAUUCAAGAUACAGGCAUGAAUGUAUUGUCAAUGGCAUUGAUGGACCCAAGCUGCUCAAUACAAUCAUUGCGAUUUAGUGAUACAAAACUGACACCUACUUGUUGUGAGAAACUUGCCAAUGUGUUAAUCACAAACCAGACACUGAGAGAGCUGGAUCUAAGCAUGAAUGCACUGGGGGAUUCAGGCGUCCAGGCAUUGUCUAUCGCUUUGAAAAACCCACGUUGCCAACUGGAAACUCUAGGGUUGAAGCAGACAUCUCUCACAGAUGGAUGCUGCAACAAGCUUAUGGCAGCACUUUGCACAACCCAAACAAUAGCUUGCCUAGAUUUAAGUGAAAACUCAUUUACAGAUUGUUCCAUACGGAGUAUCAGCAGCUUGAUUCUUACCUGUGGCACCUUGGUGGAUCUCGGGUUGGAGCAAAACCAGUUCACAACAAAUGGACAGACGAUGAUAAAGCAGCUGAACAUGAAGAAACCAAAUGUUAAGAUUGUUCUAGAAAGUGUAAAAAAAUGUUGAGGAACAUUUUUUCAGCUAUGAUGUUUUGGUAUCCUUUGUAAUUGAUUCAAUAAUUCCUUUGCUCAUAAGAACAUGAUGGGGAGUGAUCCAUAUUUGCUCACGAGCGCUGAAUACAUUUGGCUGGAAAUGAGGCCAAGCAGUGACUGCUGGAUUCCUUCAGCAGUUUGUUUUUUGCUCAUGCCUUGUAUAGUAUGAGGUAGAAGAAUUAAGCUAACAUCUCUGUGAUUUUAUGCUCUAUUACAUACUGGUGCCCCCUCAUUUUAUGAUUUGUUUAUCAUUUGCUAGGUCUUUGUUUAGUUUAGUUUAGAGAUACAGCACAGAAAUAGGCCCUUCAGCCCACUGAGUCGGCACCGACCAGUGAUCCCCACACAUUAACACUAUUCUACACACAUUAGGGACAAUUUUACAUUUAUACCAAGCCAAUAAACCUACAAACCUGUUCGUCUUUGGAGUAUGGGAGGAAACCGAAGAUCUCGGAGAAACCCCAAGCGGGUCACAGGGAGAACAUACAAACUCCGUACAAAAAUGCACCCAUAGUCAGGAUCGAACCUUGGUCUCUGGCGCUGUAACUCCACUGUUGCACCACCGAGCCACCCGUGUCUUCUAUAAUAUAAUUCAUAAUAUAAUACUUUUUAUAAUAUAAUGCUAUUUUACACAUUCACAUUAGCAGCCGGAGAAUAAUUCCUCUCCAUGUUGAGUAUAUAAUUGUAUGCUGGGGACACAAGAGACUGCAAAUGCUGACAUCUUCAUCAAAAAACAAAUUGUUGGAGGAACUCCUGCAUCUAUUUUCUAUUUUCUAUGUUUUCUAUGAACUCAGCAGGUCAGGUGUCAACUGUGGAUGGAAAUGGAGCAUGACAUUUCGGUUGAGGACAUUUCCAUAGACCGAUGAAAGGUUCUGACCCAAAAUGUCAUCUGUCCAUUUCCCUCCGUAGAUGUUGCCUGAUCUGCUGAGUUCCUCCAGCAAUUUGUUUUAUACUUAUGCCUUAUAUAAUAUUAGGUAGAAGAAUUAAGCUGAUAUCUCUGCGAUUUUAUGUUAUGUUGCAUACUGGUGUCACCUCACUUAAAUAAUUUGUUUAUUAUUUGCUAGAUUUUCUAUAAUAUAAUUCAUUAGAAUUUUAUUUAUAUUUAACAUAUAAAUGUACCUUGAUGUUAAUGAAAGCAAAUGAUCCUUGAAAUUCAUUCUUGCAGCCAUUCAGGAGUGGCAGAGGGGCAUGAAUUGUUUGGAUCACAGUCUUGGAAAUUGGGAAAAGUUUAAUCUUAGGAAAUUUUAUGAAACAAGAAUACAAACAGCCAUAUUUUGAGGGUAAUGUCUUCUUCUGACAAGCAGCAACCUUUGACCUGGAAAUAAAUCUGGGACAGUGCCUGUGUCAUUCACUGUGCUUGCGAUCAAAAAUGAGUUGGAAGUUAAGGGAUCGGUAUCAUUUUUCCUUCACAAAAACAUGCCAUUUUGCUGAUGGGGACCACAAAGGGUGGUUGGUGCAUCCUGACAACCUCGUAACAACCUACAACAAAGGCAAAAACAGGAUUUUAUGGUUCUGAUAUGUUUUGCCUAUUGGGCGAGGAUUUGGAGUUAAUUCUCCUCAAACAGAGAGGAACAGUUAUCACUCUGAUACAGUAGUGAACAGUGAACCAUGAGGAAUCACUAUUGUUACCUGUUGUACUUUGUAUUUAUUCUAUGACUUGGAAAUUUGUGACCUCCAUGCGGUGUAGGUGCCAGUCUUUGUUUGGGCUCCUGGAGAGGUGUAGGUAUCACUUAUGUUCCUUCUAAAUUAGGUUGACGCACUCUAGGUUUUACCCGAUGACCCCCUCUGUGUAUAACGUGUGAUUUAUUAAAAUUGAUUGAAAGAUUCAGCAUGAAAACAGGCUGUUUGAGUCCAUGCCCAUCAUCCAACAUCCAUCUGUACAUUUGCAUCCACUCCCUAAACACCAGGGGCAAUUUACAAAGGCCUCUUAACUUACUGACCUGCAUGUUUUUAGGAUGCAAUGAAAACUGAAGCACCCGGAGGAAACCCAUGGGGUCAUAGGGAGAACGUGCAAACUCCACACAGAUAGCACCCGGGGUUAGGAUCAAUUCUGGGCCUCUGGUAUUGUGAGGCAGCAGCUGUCCUUUCACAUCCACUUUGUUUUUCUACCUUCUCUAAUAUAAAAAAAAAUUCCCUUUCUACUUACCAAAAUCUUUUUCAGAACUCAUUAUUUCGUUGUUCACAUGCAUUUUCCCUGAAAAAAGUAAGAAGUUGCUUGGUAGAAUGGAAGAAUAAGCAAGUCCUUUUAUCAAUGCCCUAGUAGUGUUCUUCAUAAUUAUUUCAAUUUGAAUUUAUCAUAAUCAUGCCAUAGCUAUUUUGUGCCUGCGAAACAAACACAAUAUGAUCAAAGGACACAAAGUUCUGGAGUAACUCAGCGGGUCAGGCAGCAUCUCUGGAGAACAUAGAUAGGUGACGUUUUGGUUCUGGACUUUUUCAGUCCCAGCCUGAAUUGUUACCUAUCCAUGUUCUCCACAGAUGUUUCCUGACCUGCUGAGUUACUCCAGUAUUUGGUGUCCUUUUGUGUAAACCAGCAUCUGUAGUUCCUUGAUUCUACAAUAUUGUCACAUUUUUGC